GAAAAGGACCCCAACUGGCACGCAACUGCUAUUGUGUAGGUAUGGAUGCCACUACACCAUUGACUGUGGUUGGUGGUGCAGUUUUUGUGUUGAUCAUCCUUCUGACUGGACUUUGUCUUAACUGCAAAGGAAGCGGUCAACGAAAGUAUAUACGACAACAACAACAUGACCCACGGAAUAGUUUCCCAUCGGUCCAAGGAUUUACGAUAGUUCGCCCAUAUACAGAAAACCAUUCAUUUACUACCCUACCCAUACAGACUUAUCAACAACAGCUCAUUAGGCCAGUCUCCCCUUGUCCUUCAUCUGAUGCUGAAAGUCAAAGUGAUUACAUCAACCAAAAUGUGGAUAAGAAUGGAAGCAGCUAUGAGCAGCCACCUGAAAAGAACUCAGACUUCCCUGACUACCUGGAUGUGUUGCCAGAUGACCAAAAUGUCUCCCAGCUGAAUCUUGCUUCUUCUUUAAAUUCAGGACAAAGUUACCAGAACAUUGAAACUGAUGACAAUAAUGGUGACGAUAAUGGUAACAAUAAUGACGAUGAUGGGGAUAAUGAUUCAGACAGUCAACAUUACAUAAAUGUCAAAAAGGAAGAAACUCCUGUGGGCUCAUUUCAAAGUUCCAGCAGUGAUGGCCAGGGCAGUUCAGACUAUGUAAAUGCUCCAAAACAAGUUACCAUCCACAUGCAUUUGGAAUAAUUUUAAUAGGAAGUCAACCUGAUACUUAAACAACCAUAACAAGAAUUAUACAGGUUGUAUAAAUUGUAUAAGUUGUGUAAACAGCUCUGUAUUUGAAAUAGUUGCCAUGUUUGUUACACACUCCAAACGCUAUUAUGGAUUAUUACAAUAAUUUAAGGUCCAUAAAUGUUUACUUACGUUUUACCAUAGUCAUAUUAACAGACUUAGCUGACAAUUCCUGAGAGUAUUUCUUUUUAAUGACUUCUUAUUUUGAU